CUGAAAAAGAAAAACGCCUAUAUUUAAUCAAACAAACCUGUAGUAGAGUUGCAUGAAACACUUCCAUUUUUACAGCCCACAAUCCACAGAAAAAAUACUUCUAAACAUCUGCCAAAACAAAACAAGAAAAAAAAAAACACUUUAUUUUAACUCGCUAGUCGCUACACCCUCCGCUCUAUAUAAAAGAUCAGUAAAAAAGAAAUAUAAAAUUCCUAAAAAAUGUAAUUAAAACAAACAACAAUUUGUUAAAUGCUACGUAUUAUCAAAAUACAAAACAAUGGAAAACAUUGAUAUAAAUUUUAAUAGUUUAUCAAGACAUCAAGUGAUAACAAAGUACAUUGAAAACUUGCGUUUAAUGAAAUCAAUUGCAGAACAGCAUUGCAAUAUCCGUGCAUUCCAAUUCGACAAUUACGUACUAUUUCAGUACUUCGAGCAAAAUCGAUCACAAAGCAAUAGCAAUGCCAAUCAUAAUAGCUCGAAUAAUGAUGUUGCAUUUAUCAAAGCAGAAAUAUUGAAACAAAUUAUCGACCGGAAGCGAAAAAUUUUAUUUUGGAUUUUCUAUGUAGCGAUUGCGUGUAUAUUUAUAUCUUAUAAGAAUGAAGCAUCUACUAUUGUUCUACGAAACAUUCAGACAUUCAUUUAUCCGGGAAUGAAGGUCUGGAGGAAGAUGACACUGCCAGUUAUUAAAAAAUUCCCCGGACUUACCGAACUCUAUGACGAAUCGUGUCUAAUGAUGAAUCCGUUCUUUCAAGUCGAUGACCUAAAUUGCGAUCCAUGUGCAAAUGUGAAGAAUGUUUUGGAUUUGACAAACAUGGACAAGACAACUGAGUUUGUGCCUUUUGUGUUUAAGAUACAACAAAAAUACAUAGAUCCUAGAGAUAUUUAUGAGCUUUACAAUAACAAUAGAGACAUAUUUCAACGUGACGCCUUCCGCGUUCAAUCUACAAAUCGUGAGAUCACAAACCUUGAUGAAUUAUUUAACGAUUUUAACCAUACCCACCAUACACCAAGUCAUAACAUCUGGCGAUGCAAUCGAAUGCAACCUGCACGACUUAUUCGUCAAUUAUUUGAAAAGCCGCAACGUCUUCCAAAAACUGGAAUAGCCUUGGAACGUUAUGUUACGAUGGAUACAUCAAACGCUGGAUCAUACACCCUACCAGACACCGAAUGCUCAAAUAUGUAUGUCCAGCAAGCGUCAGGCACGCGUUUUAUUAUACUACGACCAACUCCUGAAUGCCGACAUAAGUGCCGAACUUUAUCGAUUCGAUUGCCGCAAUCAUUUGUCUUGAGCUACAAUUGGUGGUAUUGGAAGCCAAUAUCUGCGCCAGUUCCGCUGACUGAAUCAGUUUCGAUAAGUUUAAUAGGAUCGUAUUGUUAAAAACAUACGCUUCAAAUUUUCCUCCUUCGUAUUAAAAAAAACAAACGAUUUUAUCUCACUAUCUACAAAGUAUCCUAGUCACUAUCAUAAAUGCAAGUAUUAUCCCUAUUUGAAUUUUAUUUAGGUUUUGUAAUCGUAUUAUAUAAGAAUCUUGUAUACGUAAAAUGUAAGUGUGUUUUUCUAUUUAACAAGAAAAAUGUUAUCAUUAAAAAUCUAACUCAAUUUGAGUAUCACACGCAAAAUUUUUAAAGUAAUACAAAUAUAAUUUUCUUGCGUUGAAUUAAAACAAAAACAAGCAAUUCCCCCGUUAAUUUUUAAAUCAACUUUUGAUUAUAUUACAACAUCAAUAGAAUUGUUGUUUGUAUUAUUAUUUUAUUUGUAUCUAUUUUGUUUAUUUAUAUUCUUUACGUCAAUUUAUUAAAGUUAAUUUUUGUAUAUUUAUACAACAUUACUAAUUUUGUAUAAUAAAAGUCUGUAGCCUUUUUAUAUUCGAUACACUUCUUUUGAAUUUUACAUGUUUUAGUUUAUUUUUUAGUGCCAAUAUUGUGAUAGUUAUCCUGAAAUAUCGACUGAAUUUAGUUAACUGAAAAAGUAAGAAUCCUAUGAUAGUUCUAUAUUCAAACGUUUUUCCAUAAUGCCUUUUUAAAACGAGGCGACUUUAAGAUUUAGAGCGAAAACUUUAAUUUGAUUAUAUUUCUUUUUAUUAAAACGAUUUUAAUUAAUCUUCUUU